AUGGCCGGCACCAAAGGCGAGAGCUUCCCGAUCCUCUCAUACCAGCCUCUACGCAUAUUCUACCAGCUUUUCGGCGCCCUCUUUAUCCUCCUCUUCUGUCUUCCUGUCUGGUGUGUCCAGGCCGCAAUUCCGGCAUGCCGCCCUCACCCAAAAUGGGGCUUCAAGCAGGCUCUCAUGGCACGUCUUACACGCAACAUUGUUGACCUGUACUCAAACGUGGGAAUCACCGAGACGCACACCCUCAAGCCGGGCAAGGAAGGCGACCGCUUUCAGACCGCUGAGCCUUUCUCCUCAGAGCACUACCGCGGACCUCUGGCCUCGAACCCCGAUGUCAAGCCUACCACUGUAGGUGGCACGUGGUUCCCCGAGAAGCCUGAUGUUGAAAAAGGCUUUGGCGGCGUCGUGGUCCUGCAGAUUCACGGUGGCGCCUUCGUUCUGGGCGAUGGCCGCACAGGCUACUGCGGCUUCAUGGCUAACACACUGAUCGACAAGGCCGGCGUCGACGCCGUCUUCGCGCCGCAGUACCGUCUGUCCGGCUACGGUAGCGCGGGUUCCGCGGCUAACCCUUUCCCCGCCGCCCUGCAGGACGUUAUCACCAGCUACUUGUACCUGACCCAAACUCUCGGCAUCCCUUCUCAGCGCAUUGUGCUCUGCGGCGACAGUGCCGGCGGCAACUUGGUGAUCGGUCUACUCCGCUACCUCGACACCUUCGGCCGGGACUUUGGAAUCUCUGCCCCGAGUUGCGCCGUUCUGAUCGCUCCGUGGGUCAACCCGCUCGCCAGUUUGGGGCCGGACUCGGUCUACAAGCAACACGAGCACUGGAGCACCGACUACCUUCCCGUCUCUUUCCUACGCUGGGGCGCCAAGGUGUACUCGUCCGGUGUGGCUGAAGAGACCCUGCCGUACGUCACCCCUCUUGGCAACCCUUGGAAGACUCAGGUCCCCGUCUUCGUUACCAUGGGCGAGGCAGAGAUCCUUGAGACGGACGGCACUACAUGGUGCCGCCAGAUGCAAGAGGCUGGAGGCAAUUUGGAGGUGUCCUACGAGGAGCAUGCCGUCCACGACACGCUGUUGAUGGGUGCCAUUAUUGGCUGGGAGGAGAGUGCGCAGGUUGUGGCCACGAGAAUCGGGGAGUUUGUUGCCAAGGUCCAGAAGGUGACAGACUUGUAA